AUGAGAAAUGAUCUUUGCAAGGGUAACACUGCAUCACCUCAAGCAAAGGACUUAGAGACUAAGACAGGAACAGUGAGAACAGACCAGCUGAGGGAGGAGAGUCAGUCUGAGUCAGAUAGGGAAGAGGCAGAACAGAUAGAGCAGCUUGAAAUCUCUCUAGUGGAGCAUGCCGUGGACAAUACAGGGACCCUGCUAGACCUAGGGGCCAAACCAAAAACUCCUGUUGACCCAACCAUGACAUACCCCACUGGAAGAUUGAAUCCUCCACCCCCUCUAUAUCCUCCCCUAUAUGUCGAACCCCAAGUUAGAGCAACUGCCUCAUCAUUUGUACCUACUCCCACCUCGAAGCAAGAUCUAUAA